GGGCUUUGCUCCUUCUUUCCUGCAUAUUUUUUACUUUCUCUUUCCAGCUGUACUGCAGUGAGCUGACAAGCGCUGCAAACGUACCGUAUGAUGACAGCUGUCCAGCUCAGGACGUCUUUAUGAAGAUGAGUAAUGAUCAAUAAGAAAGCGGUUUGAGCGGUUUGAGCGGAGCACAUGAUGGCGUCUGCUUCACCAGGUGAUCUUCAGCCUGUGAAGCGGAGCCAGAGUUUUGAAUUGCUUCCACCAAACCUGUCUGAGCUGAGGGUCGUUCUGCUGGGGAACAGCUGGUCUCAGAGGAGCUCAGUGGGGAACUUCAUCCUGAGAGAGAAGCACUUCAACACUGAAGAAGAACCAGACUGCUGUCUGAGAGCCUCAGGAGGAUUCAAGCAGAAGCAGAUAGUUCUGAUCAACACUCCAGACCUGCUGCAGCCCAACAUCUCUGAAGACAAGCUGACUCAACAUGUAGAACACUGUAGGAGUCUCUGUGGUCCUGGACCUCAUGUGUUCCUGCUGGUUCUACAGCCUGAAGACUUCACUGAGGAACUCAAAGAGAAGCUCUGCAGGGUCCUGAAACUCUUCAGUGAUCAAUCAUUGGAUCAUUCAUUUAUCCUGAUAUCACCUAGAGAGGAGACUUCAGGCUUCAACCAGCCCUUAGAAGACAUGAUCCAGAUGAGUCAAUACAGAUAUUUGUGGCAGAAGAACCUCAGACGUCCAGAACUGUUCACACGUUUUACUCAAAUUGUAAAAGAGAACAAAGGAGAGCAUGUUAGCCACGAUGUUUAUGAGGAUGCAACUGAACAACCAGAUCAAUGUCCAGCUUCUCACACAGAUGCUGCUGGGCUGCGUGGAGCUAAAACCAGUCCAAAACCGUCCCUCCCAGAGAAAACAUCAGAAACGCCCACUUCUGGAUUCAGGAUUGUUCUGCUGGGCAAAAGUGAAAAUAAAAAGACAAAACUAGGUCACUUCAUCAUCAAGAAACCUUUACCAAACCUCAAAAACAAACAAAGUGUGGCCACAUGUGGCAAAUGGAACAAAAAACCAGUAACAGUAGUGAAAACCCCAAACAUCUUCGAUUUGUCCAUGGAGAUGCUAAAAAGAGAAGUGAAGCACUGUGUGACUCUUUGUUCACCAGGACCAAACGUUCUGCUGCUGUUAGUGAAGCCUUCUGACUUCACUGAGGAGAACAGGGAGACACUGAAGUUCUUCCUAAGUUUUCUUCAUCCAGAUGCCUUCAAACUCUCAAUGGUCGUCUUGACACAUGAUGAGGGUCAAAUGAGUGUCUCUGUUAAUGACCUCCUACAGGAUUGUGGAGGAAGACACUACAGCAUGUCUGAAGAUGACCAUAAAUCAUUAAUGGAGAAGAUGGAGAACAUUGUGAGUGAAAACACAGGAACCUUCCCCACCUUCACUGAAGAGAUGAAACCGUCUCUGAACCUGGUUCUGUGUGGGAGGACAGGAGCAGGGAAGACCUCAGCAGCCAAGGCCAUUUUAGGUCAGACGGAGCUUCAUUCAGUCUCCAACUCCUCAGAGAGCGUGAAACAUCAGGGAGAGGUGUGUGGACGUCGGGUCUCUGUGGUGGAGCUGCCGGCCUUGUAUGGAAGACCCCAGAAGGCUGUGAUGGAGAAAUCACUCAGGUGUGUCUCCCUCUGUGGUCCUGAGGGCGUCCACGUCUUCCUUCAUGUCCUACCUGUGGGUCCCCUCACUGAUGAAGACAAGGAAGAGUUAGAGACCAUCCAGAACACGUUCAGCUCUCCAGUCCAUGACUUCACCAUGAUUCUGUUCACUGUGGAGUCAGAUCCUAAAGAUCCAGCUGUUGUUGUCUUCAUAAACAAAACAAAGGAGAUCCAGGAGCUCUGUCAGAGGUCUGGAAGAAGAUCUUUUGUUCUCAACAUCAAGGACCAGCAGCAGAUCCCAGAGCUGUUGGACUCUGUGGAAAAGAUGAGGCCAUUUAUGGACAGACCAAACAGCUACACGACAGAAAUAUUUGCACAGGCUCAAAUAGAAAAGAUCAGCUCACUACAAGCAGAGCUGGAGGACAAGAGAAGAACAAGUGAGGUGACCUAUGUUGGAGACAAGCAGAGCGCGGAGUGUCUCAGGAUCGUGCUGAUAGGAAAGACUGGCAGUGGAAAGAGUUCCUCAGGAAACACCAUCCUCGGAAGGAAGGAGUUUGUAUCCAAAUCAAGCCAGAAAUCUGUCACCAGACGUUGUCAUAAAGCAGAAGGUGAAGUGGAUGGACGUCGUGUCGCUGUGGUCGACACUCCUGGUCUGUUUGACACGACUUUGUCCAACGAGGAGGUUAAUGAGGAGAUGGUGAAAUGCAUCGGUCUUCUGGCUCCUGGACCACAUGUCUUCCUGCUGGUUUUACAAAUUAGUAGAUUGACAGAAGAGGAAAAGGAGACCAUAGAACUCAUCAAGGAAAGCUUUGGGAAAAAUGCUGAAAAGUUCAUCAUCAUCCUUUUCACCAGAGGAGAUGAUUUAAAGCGUGAACAGAAGUCCAUUGAUGAGUACAUUAGAGAAGAUUGUGUGGAACCAUUCCAGAGAAUGAUUGAAACAUGUGGCAGAAGGUACCAUGUGUUUGAUAACAUUGAUGAAGGAAACCAAAAGCAGGUCAGCGAGCUGAAAACCAAGAUUGAGGAAAUGUUGAAAAUAAAUGGAGGCAGCUGCUACACAAACGAGAUGUUCCAGGAGGCCGAGGCUGCUAUAAAAAAGAAUGUAGAGAAAAUUCUGAAGGAAAAGGAAGAAGAGAUGCAGAAAGAAAGGGAGGAAUUAAAAAAAAAACAUGAGGAGGAAAUAGAAUCAAUGAAUCGAAAAAUGGAACAACAGAAAAAGGAAAUUGAAAAGGAGAGAAAACUGAGAACAAAUCAACUUGAAGAAAUGAAGGAAAAGAUCCACAAGCAGCGUAAGCAGAGAGAAAGAGAACAGGAGAGGAGAGAAGAUGAAGACAGGAAGCGAAAGCAAGAGGAAGAAGAUCAACAACUAAGCUGGAAACAAAAAGUUGAAGCUUUGGAGCAAAAAAUAAGAAAAGAUUCUGAAUCAAAGGAAAACAUUGACAAGAAGACGGAGGAGAUGAGAAAAGAGCAGGAGAACAAGGAGAAAAUGCAAAAUGAAUAUUGGGAAAGACGACAUCAAGAAAAUGAACAGAUAAAACUGGAGCAGCAGACCGAACUGAAAAGGCUUCAAGAACAAUAUGAAAAGGAAAGAGAAGAUUAUGAAGAGAAAAGAAAGGAAGAAGAUCGUAUCAGAACGGAGCAAGAGGCCAAAAAGCAAAGAGAGUGUGAGGAGAAGUUCAAGACAGAACUGGAGAACUUACAGAAGAAGUAUGAAGAGGAGGCCCGAAAAAAAGCUGAAGAGUUCGAUGAAUUCAGAGAGAAGAAGGAAAAAGACUUUUCAGCUUUAGUAGACAAACACAUUGCAGAAGUGCAGGAGAAGCAAGAAGAAUACAACAGUUUAAAGAAUCUCACGAGGUACAAAGAAACAUCUCUAAAGCAAAGUAUGGAUGAGCUGCAGAACGAACAUAAAACAGAAAUGGCGGAUUUGAUUCUGAUGCUGCUGACCAAAAAGAAAGAAAACCGGAGGAAACUGAAGUCAAUGCAGGAAACACAGAAAAAAGAAGAAGAUGAACUAAAAAAGCAGCUUCUGGCCAAACACAAAACUAGAGAGAAGGAACAAAUUGAUUCACUGAAGAAAAAACACAAUAAUGAAAUGACAGCCUUAAACAAGCAGCCUUCAACCCAAAAAGAACAUAGAAGAGCUAAACUGUCUCUUGAGCAUGAAUCACAAAUAAAUCAGAUGAAACAGGAGUUGCACACCAAACAGCAUCAACAUCAGAAGAAAGAAAUGGCAGAAUUACAUAAAAUACAUCAACAGAGAUUGGAUCAAUUCAAAAAUGAACUAUUGGAAAAAAACAAAAGAAAUGAGAAAGAGAAAAUGGAGGAACUGCAGAAGAAACACAACCAGGAAGUGGAGGAGUUGAAACGACAAGUUAAGACCCAAGACGAAGAUGGUGAUGAGGAUGAUGAUGAAACAGAGGAACUACAAAAAAGGCAUGAAAAAGAAAUGAACGAGUUAAAAGAGAAGCUUUUGAGCCCAGAGGAGGACUGGUCCUGCAGCAUUGCAUGAUUUGAUGGUUACAGAAUGUGAUGUAAAAGCAUCAGGAAACAGCAGCUCAUUGGUCCAGCUCACAGGUAGCAUGUUGCUACCUGAACGCCUUCACUCACCUGGAACCCUUUCAAAGUCAACUGAACUAUUCCUUUUUCCAGUCAGAUGAUGCAGAUGUUUGUAAGCUGACAUCUCCUAGUAACCCAAUAGAUAGAUUAGACUAAUAGAUGGACCUUCAUCCCCAGAGGGCAAUUUAAAUGUCAUAAAAGCCAGUUUUCUCUCUUCUGCUUUAGUGGGAACAUUCAGCUCGUUAUAACGUUGGACUGUUAUUGGCUUGCUUCUUAAGAAUAUAAACACCGUCAUGAGGGGCGACCUCAUGGCGGGUGGAGUAGAGGCGGUGCGCUGUGUACAGCAGGGCUGGUGGCUCCAUGUCCCACAUGGAAGAGUCUCAAGACACCCAACCCCCAACUGCUCCCUGUGAGCCUUACGGCAGACCACUGCUGCCACUGUGUGGGACGGGUUCCAUUAAAUGUGGACCAUGGCUUAAAAAUGCAAUGUAAGCGUAAUGUAGAAUAUUUGUUUUUUAAAGAAGUUAUUACAGUAUUUUUAUACAUGUUCAUUUAUCCAGAAGGUGUUGUCCAAAGUGGAUUCAUGCUUCCGACAUAGUUGGACAAUGAAGGCAGACGUUGUCUUCAGUAU